AUGGUGUGCGACUAUCGCCUAGGUGGAUGUAGCAGCGUAUCCCUCGACAUGAAAAUUUUCUACAUUGGCGCUGGCGAUGCCAUCUCAUCUCGGGCAGCCAGGCUGGAACAUCGACUAGAGAAGGUGCCAGCGUCUAUUAGGAGCUUGACUAUGGAGCGCAAGAACCGGCAGAUCCUGUCCAGGGGGCAGAAGUAUAAGCAGAAGGCGGCUCGGACACACGGGGCGACGGAGGUGGUGUUCGACAAGGACUCGCGCCUGGAGUACCUUACGGGCUUCCACAAGCGCAAGCUCGAGCGGCAGAAGAAGGCGCAGGAGUUUGCCAAGGAGCAGGAGCGACUGGCGCGCGUGGAGGAGCGGCGAAAGCAGCGCGAGCAGCGGCGCAGUGAGAUGGAGCAGCAGCUGGAGAGCGCGCGGGCGGCGAUGGCGGGCAGUCUGGAUAGCGACGGCGAUGCGGGCGAGGAGGACUCGUGGCACGGGUUCUCGGACAGCGAGGAAGGGGUACGGCCGAUCCUCAAGCGACACCAGGAUGUGUACGACGAUGCGACGGUGGAAAUUGAGACGCUGGAGCCCAACGACAACUUCGCGUACCUGGCGCGAAUGAACAACGUCGCGCUGGAGCGCUCGGAGAAGGUUCUCGACGACAGCAUAGACCGGGCUAAGAAGUACGCGGAGUUCCUGGGCGUGGCGGACAAGCCCAAGCAGAAAAAGAAGAAGUUCCGCUACCUGACAAAGGCCGAGCGGCGGACCAACCAGAGGAAGGCCACGUCGAACAAGAGAAGGAAGUAA